GUUCCGAGAUCUGGCCCUGAGCGCUCCACGUUGCCACUUUAGGGGUCUUCUGGAUUGUGCCCGGCCAGCGACCCUGCCGUUCUUUUCCUUCCAGCAUGAUCCGCUGGACCCCCAGCAACUUGACUGAAAGAGACCCCUCAACCUGGACGAACCCUUUGGCAGCCCCAGACCGUCCUUGAGGAGGAUGACUGAGACACUAUGGGCCACGCGCUUUGUGUCUGCUCUCGGGGAAGUGUCAUCAUUGACAAUAAGCGCUACCUCUUCAUCCAGAAACUGGGGGAGGGUGGGUUCAGCUAUGUGGACCUAGUGGAGGGGUUACACGAUGGACAGUUCUACGCCCUGAAGCGAAUCCUGUGUCAUGAGCAGCAGGACCAGGAGGAGGCCCAACGAGAAGCAGACAUGCAUCGCCUCUUCCAUCACCCCAACAUCCUUCGCCUUGCGGCUUAUUGUCUGAAGGAGCGAGGCACUAAACAUGAGGCCUGGCUGCUGCUACCCUUCUUCAAGAGAGGUACGCUAUGGGACGAGAUAGAACAGCUGAAGGACAAAGGCAGCUUCUUGACUGAAGAGCAAAUCCUUCGGCUGCUGCUGAGUAUCUGCAGAGGCCUUGAGGCUAUUCACGCCAAGGGUUAUGCCCACAGGGACCUGAAACCCACCAAUAUCUUGCUUGGAGAUGAGGGGCAGCCAGUUUUAAUGGACUUGGGUUCCAUGAGUCAAGCAUGCAUCCAUGUGGAGGGCUCCCGCCAGGCUCUGACCCUCCAGGACUGGGCAGCCCAGCGGUGCACCAUCUCCUACCGGGCCCCGGAGCUCUUUUCCGUGCAGAGCCACUGUGUCAUCGAUGAGCGGACUGAUGUCUGGUCCCUAGGCUGUGUGCUAUAUGCCAUGAUGUUUGGGGAAGGCCCUUAUGACAUGGUGUUCCAGAAGGGUGACAGUGUGGCCCUUGCUGUGCAGAACCAACUAAGCAUCCCGCAGAGCCCCAGGCAUUCUUCAGCCUUGCGGCAGCUGCUGACCUUAAUGAUGACUGUGGACCCCCAGCAGCGCCCUCAUAUUCCUUUCCUCCUGACUCAGUUGGAGGCACUGCAGCCCCCAGUUCAGAGCCAGCACACUACCCAAAUCUGAACAAACCUGUGGCCAUGUUGAGAAGGUGGCCCCUGUGCCUUGGGAAGAAGCUCCCAUCCCUUAGUGGAAUCUCCAUCCCUUCUACCCAGGACAGCUCUCUUGUAGUUGGGGGCAGCUGGGGGGUGGGGACAGUCAGCUCCGUCUUCUGUCUCUGAUUCUGCUCUCUUGCGCCCAAGAGCAACAACUGGACUGGGGGUCUGACUGGGUAGCGGGGGGUGAGGGUGGGGGAUGGGGAAAGGGGAACUGAUAGAAUCUGGUAAAGGCUCUGAGCAGGACUGCUGAGCUUACAUCAUGAUCUGCCUCCAAAUCUGGGAGCAGGAAAAUGUAUGAAUAGAAGAAUAAAGUGAAAGUAGCUUGGUGUGA